GAAAAUGCAUCGGCUUUUGUUCUUAAUUUUUUUGGCUCUCAAAUACCAGAGCGAAGCAAUGAACUUUUCACCAUUCCCGAAUAGAGUGAUAGAUGCUCCAAAGCACAUAAAAACCCGAAUGAUCCAACUGCGAAGCUCCUAUUUUGGAUACUCGCUCGUCAUCCGUCCAACCAGCAUCUUCGUGGGAGCGCCUCGGGCUCAGUCUCCCUUGAAAUCGCAAGGCAGCAUCAAUGAGACUGGAGCUGUGUUUAGAUGUUCCCUGGCCAGUGGAUCCUGUUCGCAUUACGUCCUAAACGACAAGGGAAAGGGGGACGCGCUCCACGUCAAGGAAUUCCAGUGGCUGGGCGGCUCAAUGGAUGGCGGCACCAAGGAUACGGACAAGCUGCUCGUGUGCGCACCCCGGUUUUUCGUGCCAUUUAGCACGAAAUUGGACAAAAUGCUUGGAGCUUGCUACUGGGUUCGGGACACAGUUGCAGACGCUCCUCCGCUGAGCGAUGUGAGCUCCAUCAUUCCACCCCUUUUCACUAAAUCACGCAUGCACGCGCUGGGACUCAGUGCCCAUGUUACGGACGACAACUCGGCGUUUCUGAUAGGCGCCCCGGUAGGCGAAUUGUGGAUGGGAUCGGUGUCAGUUCACCAGCACCGCGGAGGAGAUGAGGAUGUACCCAAGAUGCUCUAUCCGACAAAGCAUUGGUCAAACAAGACCUACACAUACGUCGGCUUCGCCGUGAGCUCCGGGUACUUUAGCACAGACAACGGGACCAGUCUGUUCUACGUGACCACCGCGCCGCGUGUCAACCUGAAUUCCGGCGAGGCAUACAUCUUCGACGUGGAGGGAAAGUCCAUCCGUAAGCUGCAUGUGUUCCUCGGCGAGCAGUUGGGCGAGUACUUCGGUUACUCCGUGGUGACGGAAGAUCUCAAUGGCGAUGGACUAACGGAUGUGGUCGUAUCCGCGCCCCUCAAUGCUCUAGGGAACUACCACGACGUGGGUGCCAUAUACGUGUUCAUCAACAAGGGAUUGUGGAACUUCGAAAAAAAGAUAAUUCGCUUGCCAUUGGGCAGUGGUGCCCGUUUCGGAACCUCGCUUUCAAGACUGGGCGAUAUCAACCAAGACGGAUACAACGACUUGGCCGUUGGAGCGCCCUUCGCGGGAAACGGGGCGGUGUUUAUUUUCCUGGGUAGCGAGCACGGAUUGGGGGAUGAGCCGAGCCAGCGACUGGAUGCUCCCUCGCGGGAGCCGGGUCCAUACGGAGACUACAUGUUUGGACACGCCCUCUCCCGCGGAUCGGACAUAGAUGGCAACGGAUUCAAUGACCUGGCGAUUGGAGCGCCCGGUGCCGAGGCAGUGUAUCUGUAUCGCACGUAUCCAGUGGUCAAAAUCCAUGCCACUGUGCGCUCGAAAAGGCGCGAGAUCAGGCCGGAUCCGGAUCUGACCAUGUCGGUGCUCGCCUGCUACCGACUGGAAACUCCUUCCAAGGCGAGGCACAUGCUGCAGCGGGAGCUGACUUUCCGGAUAACCAUAGAUAAGCGCCUGAAGCGGGCGGUGUUUGCGCCCAUGCGCACCAAUGAGGAGUUCUUCCAGGCGCAGGCCGGAUUGAACGAGAGUUGCAAGCACUUUGAGGUGUUGGUGACCGACCCCGCUGGCAUAUUCACCCCCAUUCACCUCCAGCUGCACUACGAACUGUCCAAGAAGAUUCCCCGUUCUCACGAAGCAUUCUGCGAAUCCUGCGCCUUUGUCGAUCCCCUGGAGCCCAAGUAUGCCACGGAGACGAUCAGCUUCAUAACGGGAUGUGCCGGCAAUGUGUGUGAAUCUGACUUGCAGCUGAGCAGCAAGGAUGUGAAUUCUAGUUUCACCUUGGGCACCAUGGCAGUCUUCAGUAUGAGGUACGAGAUCACCAACAACGGAGAGCUCGCCUACGUGGCCCAGUUCAAGGUGACCAGCUCCGCCCGUCUGCCCUUCGCCAGGGUUCCUGGGAACUGCAGGGUGCGACAGGAGCACAUGCUGUGCGACCUGAACGGCGGACUAGCGCUGGCCAGAGGAGACAGCGAAUCCCUAACCAUCACCUUCGAUGUCAGCCAGCUCAGUGGUCACUCACUAACCAUCGAGGCAGCAGUAUCCUCUGCGGGAAUGGACCAGAAUCUGAAGGAUAACACGAUUAACACUACGAUUAGCCUAAGGGAAGAAGCCGAAAUCGACGCCAGUGGUGGUCCCACAGAUGGACAAAUCGCUCUCAAGGAGUAUCCCUACUCCGCGGAAGUUAGCAACAGCUACGAGCUCAAAAGUCAUGGGCCUAGCGUCAUAGAUGAGCUCACUGUGUACGUUUAUGUACCCAUAGCUUAUAGAGGAGCGGGAUCCGCCGGGAUCAAGACCAUCUUUAAUAUAAGCAGUCUGCAGAUGCAAGCCACCCACGGUUCCCACCUGGUGCCCAUCAAGCUCUAUGACCAGAAUAACACCUUGGCUAAGGAGUACCCCUUGGCGGACUCCAGUCAUAGUGCAAACCGAAAGCGCAGGGAACUCCAGCAGGAUCCGUAUCGCAUCAUGCCGGAUGUGAAGAUCAGCGAUAUCCAGACCAAAGAUGAUCUUCCCGCGAAUCGCACUCUUGUGCUCGACUGCCUGCGCGGCAACUUGACCAUCUGCGUCCGAUCGCAAAUGCGGGUGCAACUGAAGCCGGAGCAGCCCAUUAACCUUAGGAUAAGCUUCAAGGUGGACUUGAGUGAUUUCAAGGAUAGCUUCGAUUACUUCGUCAUCUUCACCAACGUGGUACUGUUCAAGAAAGGCGACUCCACAUCAAUUGCCAUCAAGCGGAACAUCCAGCCCAAUGUGAUCUUCAAGUAUUCAGAGAUUCUACUGCCCACAUGGUACAUCUUUCCGGCCCUGAUCAUUGGACACCUGCUGCUCGCUCUGAUGACCUAUGUCCUCUACAAGUUUCGGUUCUUCAAACGCGGCAAGAGGGAGCAGCUCAAGCGAUUGCUGGAGGAGCAAAGAUCCAAAACGGAGGAACCUGCAACGGAUUGUGAAGGCGGCCAAGAGGAAAUCCACCUGGAAAGACAUUCUGACUUAGAUAAUUAAUACAAAUGUAAAUGAUGCAGGUCUUUGUAAUUAAUCUUAAUGGUUCAAGAGAACUCCCUCCCUUUGAUAAAAAAUUAUACACUUCAGCAUAAGAAACAAAUUAAUAUUUAUCAAGCAUAUAAUACGCAAUAAGCUAAAAUAUUUGAUAAUUUUUGAGAAUAAACCGCGAUAAUAAAAUGAAUAAGGUUAA